AUGGGGGACCACAGCUACGGGCGGUUGGCGCUCAUCAUCAUCUCUGUCUGUAUAUUCAUCGUGGUGUUGGGACUUAAUGGAGCAGCCGGACCUGGACUGCCUCCCUUCCUGAACGGCACGGGGGACAUAUCGGACGCCUAUGACACCCAGAUCACCCCGUCCGGCUGGACCUUCUCCAUCUGGGGCGUGAUCUAUACCUGGCUGACCCUCAUGCUGGCGUACAUAUGCAGCAUGACCUGCAGGAGGAAUGCCUAUGGGUAUAUGUACUGCAGUCCUCCUCUGCUGCCAUAUGGGUUCUUCUGCUGCUGGCUGUUCAAUAUGGCAAUCAACAUCGCAUGGCUCCUGCUCUGGGACAGACAGGAGAUGAUCGCGGCAUUUGUGGUUUUGGCCUUGGUGGCCUUCUCCAACUACUCAAUGAUUUUCUUCACCUGUGUGGGGCUGAACUCAUACGGAGCCUGGCUCAACAAGUACCACAAGGUGGACCUCUGGCUCAUGAGGAUACUGGUCCUGAAUGGCAUUGGGGUGUACACCGCAUGGACCACGAUAGCCACCCUCAUCAACAUGACCAUCAUCAUGGACUACAAUGGAGGACUGACGUCAUUGGAUGCCGGCACCGUGUCCCUCUCGAUCCUAUCGGUGGAGGUCCUCCUUUGGUUUGUCUUGGAGAACACGAUAUUGGAUAAGCACGUCCGCUACCUCUUGACUAUCUACCCCGUUGUCAUUGUGGCGCUCACCGGAAACAUGACCAAGAACUUCAACCCAGAGGCCCCCAGCCGCAAUGGCAUCUUCAUCGCUGUGCUGCUGGCUCUGGCGUGCAGCCUGUUCCUGGUGCGUGUGGUGCUGGUUAUCUGGAGGCAUUUGAAGAGGCCAAUCUAUUCCAGCAUGGCCACCGCCGCUGACCUGUCACCCUUGGACAUCGCCGAGAAGCAGAAGAAGAUCUAUGCCUAGAAGAUGGGUUGACCACUCCAAGGAUAUGAACAUACCACGUUGACCACUCCAGAGAUAUAAGCACUAAAUGCCACUUUGACCACUAUUCCUUUGUAUUGGAGUGAAUGCUUCAAGUCCGAUAGUCGCUAUGUUUAGCCAGUAUAUUGCUGCCAUCAGUUGCUGUCAAUGUGAUACCCACAAUAUCCUGUAAAAUAUCAUGAUACUGGCCCAAGAUGGUGGUGCCCUGGGUUGGACCAUGCCAAAAGUUUGAACAUGGGCUGGAUCUCAUUAAUGGCACACUUGUGCACUUCGGGCACUAUGUUUCAGUGCACAACUAAUACGGCAUACGCACUGAAACAUGAACACUAAAGUGCACAAGUGCACCAUUUGAGAUUCAGCCAUGGACUAUAGUGUUCAUAUCUAUGGAGUGGUGUGGAGUGCUGCGGUGUCAGUGUGAGCUACCCGUCGACAGUGAUGAUGGGCAAUCUGGAUUCAGAAGCUACAGUCCAGUGCCACAAAUUAAUGUUUUGUUAUAUGUAAUAACUGACAAAGGUAAUGACAAAAAGUAUUUUAUUGCUGUAUAUUUUGUACACAAGCUAUGAUAUUUUUUUGAAUAAGUUCUGUACAGACGUGACCACAGGAACAAAAGUGGUUGUUAUUGUUGUUGUUUUUUUUUUGCCCAACCUUCACUUUUUUUGCUGUGGUUGUGGAAAUGCUACUGACUUCUGACUACUGGUUAUGUAAGUUUGAAAUAAUUAAAAGAUUUUUUUUAUUUGUAUACAUGAAAUGUGUUUUAUAUGAUCACCUGAUAUUGUGUUAAA